GAAUUUUCUUCCAAACACGGAACGUGAUGACCUCUCCCUCUGCUGUGCGCGCUGUUGUGCAGCGCAUCGUGCAGGCCACGCCGACCAUCAAGACCUUUGCCCUUGGUGUGGAGCGCCCAGUCGCCUUCAAAGCAGGCCAAUGGUUGGAUGUAUUUAUUCCUGGAACAGAUAUGGUUGGCGGAUACUCCAUCUACACUGCACCACCGCUGUUAUCCCACGGCGUGAAGCACUUGGACAUGGCUGUCAAAUAUGCACGUCACCCGCCAACAAAGUGGCUGCACGAACAGUGCCGUGAAGGGACAGAGUUACUGAUUGAUGUUGGCGGAGAUGUGGUGCUGGAGCCUGGAGAAGUCAAGAAGCCGAUUCUCUUUGUUGCUGGUGGCAUUGGUAUAAGUCCCCUGUUCAGCAUGGCACAGGCUAUGGCUGAGCACAGCGCUAUCCACUGUCACAUGCUGUAUUCUGUCGCAGCACGACCAGAGCUGAUAUUUGAGAAGGAGUUACAGUUCUUGACAGAGAUGAACCCGCAUUUCACCUGGGAGGCGUUUGUGACGCAAGAGCACGACAAGACGCGGAUUGACGAAGGCACGCUGGAUAUGGCGCUGUCCCGCUUGGUGCCGCGAACACAUGACAUUACAGACGUGACGGUGAUUGUGUGCGGGCCCCCACCCAUGGUGCACUUGGUGGAAGACACCAUGCAUGCGCGAGGCGUUACGGAUGUCGUUUACGAGAGGUGGUGGUGAUGUGAUGUGUCACACGUACACAUACACCGCAUUUCAAAGGCAAGCCAGCAAUCAUCACUCCGCGCUCGGUACAUGCGCACAUACGCACACGUGGCACACACACACACACACACACACAUACACACACACAC